AUGUCCAGCAACGUAUCUACCUGGUCAAAUGACGUGACCGAUAGUUAUCUUCUUUUAGAAGAUGGUAGUGUUUUCUUAGGAAAACGCUUCGGUGCCGAUGCAUCCAUCGAUGGUGAAAUUGUUUUUCAGACUGGUAUGAUUGGUUAUUCGGAAUCACUCACGGAUCCUUCUUAUCACGCUCAGAUUCUAGUGCUUACAUACCCACUCAUAGGAAAUUAUGGCGUCUUCGGUGACGAAAAGGACGAAUACAGCAUACCAUACUGGUUUGAAUCCCAUCGUAUAUGGGCUGCUGGACUCGUGGUUGGUGAAAUUUGCGAGAAGCCCAGCCACUGGCGACAAACUAAGACGCUGUCUAAUUGGAUGAAAGAACAAAAUGUACCUGGUAUAUGUAAGAUUGACACACGAGCAUUGACAAAAGUUAUUACGGAAAAAGGUACUAUAUUAGGCAGGAUAGUUUCCGGUCAACCAUCACAUACUUUACCAAUAAUGCCUCCAAUAGAAGAUCCUAACAAGAGAAAUCUUGUUAAGGAAGUUUCACAGUCAAUCCCAAAAACGUAUAAUCCAGAUGGAUAUCCUCGUAUAUGCGUAGUUGACUGUGGGUUAAAAUACAAUCAACUGAGAUGUCUGUUAAAACGUGGUGCUCGCGUUGAUAUUGUGCCAUGGAAUUACGAUUUUAAAACUACGAAAUAUGAUGGCUUAUUUCUCAGCAAUGGCCCGGGUGAUCCUAGCAUGUGCCAAGUAAUCAUAGAAAAUAUUCGAGAAGUAUUUAAACAAAAAAGACCUAUCUUUGGUAUAUGUCUUGGGCAUCAACUGUUAUCUAUAGCCGCUGGCUGUGUUACAUAUAAAAUGCAGUAUGGCAAUAGAGGCCAUAAUCAACCGGCAACGCAUUGCAUCACCGGACGUUGCUACAUGACCUCGCAAAAUCAUGGAUUUUGCGUCGAUGCUUCUCAAUUGCCACCUGAUUGGGAAGUACUCUUCAUCAACGCCAAUGAUAAUAGCAAUGAAGGUGUAGUCCACUCAGUCUUACCCUAUUUUUCCGUUCAAUUUCAUCCGGAGCACACAGCAGGGCCUGAAGACCUCGAAUGUCUUUUUGAUGUAUUUCUGGAGAGCGUGGAAGACCAGAUGAAGAAUCGUUCUUGCGUUUCUAUAAAGAAUAGACUCACUGAAAGACUAGCCUAUCAACCUUCGGUUCCAAUCGUAACCGAACAACCGAAAAAGGUAUUGAUUCUUGGCUCGGGAGGUCUCAGUAUCGGCCAAGCUGGAGAAUUCGAUUAUUCAGGCUCGCAAGCAAUUAAAGCGCUAAAAGAAGAGUCAAUACAAACUCUGUUGAUAAAUCCUAAUAUUGCUACAGUGCAAACGUCAAAAGGCAUGGCCGACAAAGUAUAUUUUUUACCAAUUAUACCGGAGUAUGUCGAACAGGUAAUACGAUCUGAGAGACCGGAUGGUGUAUUAUUAACAUUUGGUGGGCAAACCGCUUUAAAUUGUGGCCUGAAACUUGAGAAAAACGGCGUGUUUGCCAAGUAUAAUGUUAAAAUUCUAGGGACACCAAUUGAAUCCAUCAUACAAACUGAAGAUAGAAAGAUUUUCGCAGAUCGUGUCAGCGAAAUAAAUGAAAAAGUCGCACCGAGUGCUGCCGUAUAUUCGAUUCAAGAGGCAUUAGAAGCUGCUGAAAAACUGGGUUACCCCGUAAUGGCGCGCUCUGCCUUCUCGCUCGGUGGUCUCGGAUCAGGCUUUGCGAACACGAGAGAAGAGCUAAGGACAUUAGCGCAACAAGCUCUAGCUUAUUCCAAUCAAUUAAUAAUUGACAAAUCCCUAAAGGGUUGGAAAGAAGUGGAGUACGAGGUUGUUCGUGAUGCAUAUGACAACUGCAUUACGGUGUGUAAUAUGGAAAACGUCGAUCCACUCGGCAUACAUACCGGCGAGUCCAUUGUUGUCGCGCCGAGCCAGACUCUGUCGAAUAAAGACUAUAAUAAGUUGCGAACUACCGCCAUUAAAGUCAUUAGGCACUUCGGCAUCGUUGGAGAAUGUAACAUCCAGUAUGCUCUCAAUCCAUUCUCCGAAGAGUAUUACAUCAUCGAGGUGAAUGCUAGAUUGUCCAGAAGCUCAGCUUUAGCUAGCAAGGCUACGGGUUACCCUCUGGCUUACGUCGCUGCCAAAUUGGCUCUUGGAAUACGUCUGCCGGAUAUUUGUAAUUCUGUUACCAAAGAGACUACAGCCUGUUUUGAGCCGAGUAUUGAUUACUGUGUGGUAAAAAUACCAAGGUGGGAUCUUAGCAAAUUUCAUCGAGUCAGCAAGAAGAUUGGUAGCUCUAUGAAGAGCGUGGGUGAAGUGAUGGCAAUCGGUCGUAAAUUCGAGGAAGCCUUCCAAAAGGCAUUGAGAAUGGUCAAUGAAAAUGUUAAUGGCUUCGAUCCUUACGUGAAGCCGAUAAAUGAUGAAGAACUAGAGAAGCCAACAGAUAAGAGAAUGUUUGUUCUCGCAGCUUCAAUCAAAGCCGGUUAUUCGAUUGACCAAUUAUACAAACUCACCAAAAUAGAUCGCUGGUUCCUUGAGAAGAUGAAAAACAUUAUUGAUUAUCAUAUACUCCUGGAGAAUAUCGAUCAUACGAAACUUACACGCAAUUUACUACUGGGAGCAAAGCAAAUCGGCUUUUCGGACAAACAAAUUGCCUCCAUAGUGAAGAGUUCCGAAUUGGCUGUCAGAAUACAGAGACAAGAAAAUAAAAUCCGACCGAUGGUCAAACAAAUUGACACAGUAGCCGCUGAAUGGCCGGCUAAUACUAAUUAUCUUUAUUUAACGUACAAUGGUACAACUCACGAUGUAGAGUUUCCUGGCGGUUACACAAUGGUGAUAGGUUCUGGAGUGUACAGAAUUGGCAGCUCAGUAGAAUUUGAUUGGUGUGCCGUAAGUUGUCUGCGUGAAUUGCGAAACCUUGAACGUAAAACCAUAAUGGUAAAUUACAAUCCAGAAACAGUUAGCACAGACUAUGAUAUGAGCGACAGAUUAUAUUUCGAGGAGAUUUCCUUCGAGGUAGUGAUGGACAUAUACGAUUGUGAGUGUCCUGAAGGUAUAAUACUGUCUAUGGGUGGACAACUACCUAACAACAUUGCUAUGGAUCUGCAUAGACAACAAGCUCGAAUCCUCGGAACCUCCCCAGAAUCAGUUGAUGCCGCCGAAAAUCGUUUUAAAUUCUCUCGUAUGCUCGACAGUAUCGGCAUAUCGCAACCGAGAUGGAAAGAACUGACAAAUUUGAAGUCUGUAAUUGAGUUUUGCGAGGAAGUUGGUUAUCCAUGCCUCGUGAGGCCUUCGUACGUAUUAAGUGGUGCCGCAAUGAAUGUCGCCUAUUCAAAUCAAGAUCUCGAAUCUUAUUUAAAAAGUGCGAGUGAAGUUAGCAAAGAGCAUCCCGUGGUAAUCUCCAAAUUUAUUCUUGAGGCAAAGGAGAUUGAUGUAGAUGCCGUGGCUUACGAAGGGAUUAUUUUAUGCAUGGCAGUAUCGGAACAUGUGGAAAAUGCUGGUGUUCAUUCUGGUGAUGCUACAUUAGUAACACCACCACAAGACAUCAAUACGCAAACUCUGGUGAAGAUAAAAAGCAUCUCGAAGGCAGUAGCAGCAUCUUUGGGAGUCACUGGUCCUUUUAACAUGCAGCUGAUUGCAAAGGAUAACGAGCUGAAGGUAAUUGAGUGUAAUGUACGAGUAUCCAGAUCUUUCCCUUUCGUCUCAAAAACUUUAGAUCAUGAUUUUGUUGCAACGGCAACUCGUUUAAUCGUUGGCGCUGAUGUAACGUUGGGUGUCGAGAUGGUAUCUACCGGAGAAGUAGCUUGUUUCGGUGAGAAUCGUUAUGAAGCUUACCUAAAAGGCAUGAUGAGCACCGGUUUUCAUAUACCCCAAAGAGGUAUUUUACUCUCCGUAGGAAGUUUUAAGCAUAAAAUGGAGUUACUAGGGGCUAUCAGAAAUCUAAAGAACAUGGGAUACAAGUUGUAUGCCAGCAUGGGUACCGCCGACUUUUAUACAGAACACGGUGUUGAGGUGGAACCAGUAUUAUGGACAUUCGAGAACAUUGCCGUGAACGAGGAUUCUAGUCCGAGCCAACUUCGGCAUCUCGCCGAUUUUUUAUCGAAAAAACAAUUCGAUCUCGUAAUAAAUCUACCAAUGAGAAACGGUGGAGCCCGGCGUGUUUCAAAUUUUAUGACGCACGGUUAUCGAACGAGAAGAUUAGCUGCUGAUUAUUCUGUACCUUUGAUUACAGACGUUAAAUGCGCGAAGCUCCUGGUUGAAGCGUUAAGAAUAGUUGGCGGAAAAGCACCACGUAUGAAAACGCACACCGAUUGUAUGUCAUCGCGAAAAAUGAUCAGAUUACCCGGCCUUAUCGAUGUACAUGUACAUACCCGUGAUCCUGGGGAGAUUCACAAAGAAGACUUCGCCUCUUGCACCGCGGCAGCGUUGGCCGGAGGCAUAACAAUAAUUUUUGCAAUGCCCAAUACGAAUCCUGCAGUAAUAGAUCACAAGACUUUCGCGAUCGCUAAAACGCAUGCUGCAGCUGACUCACGAUGUGAUUAUGCACUUUUUGCUGGAGCUUCAUCAGAUAAUUAUAAUGAUAUACGUGAAAUAGCACCACACGUAGCCGCUUUGAAAAUGUAUCUGAACGAGACAUUUACAACUCUUCGUCUCACUGAUCUUACUGUUUGGAUUAAGCACUUUGAAAGCUGGCCGAAAAAGUAUCCUUUGUGCGUACAUGCGGAAGGACAAACUACAGCUGCUGUCCUUCUGCUGGCGAGUUUGCACAGCAGACCGAUUCAUAUAUGUCACGUAGCACGUAAAGAGGAAAUACAAAUCAUUCGAGCUGCUAAAGAACAUGGAUUGGCAGUUACAUGCGAGGUAUGUCCGCAAUACUUAUUUCUUUGUCAAGAAGAUUUAGACCGAAUAGGCCAUGGAAGAGGUAAUGUAAGACCUACCUUGGGAACAAAGGAGGACCAACAGGCUCUAUGGGAUAAUAUAGAUAUUAUCGAUUGUUUCGCAACCGAUCACGCUCCACAUACUAUGCAAGAGAAAUCUUCUGAGAAACCACCACCAGGAUUUCCCGGAUUGGAAACUAUGUUACCGCUUUUACUGACUGCCGUGCAUGAAGGAAGACUGACCAUAGAGGAUAUUAUAGACAAAUUAUAUCGAAAUCCCAAAAGAAUCUUCAAUAUCCCCGAUCAACGUAACACGUACAUCGAGAUCGAUCUGGAUGACGAAUGGAUUAUUCCGGAAGCAAUGUCAUACAGCAAAUCGAAAUGGACGCCUUUUACUGGAAUGAAAGUUCGUGGCUCCGUGCAUAGAGUGGUUUUAAGAGGCGAGAUUGCUUACAUUGACGGACAAGUACUAUUAAAUCCUGGAUUUGGCCAAGACAUUAGGGAUAUACAAUAUAAUACGAAGACUCCAUCAACGCUUCAUGCGCCAAUAACUCAGCUCACAGAUGUUGCCAACAAAGCGUUAUCAUUAGACAGUCUCAUAUCACCGACCUACGAAAAACCAAGUAUACAUGUUGAUGUACACGAAGACGAACAAAUCGAAUCGUUCACACAUCUCUUGCAACCAGCAUCGCAUAAAUCAAGCGUCCACUUUGCGCCGUAUACAGACGCUAUCGAUAAAGAACAUUCCAAGACGCUACCCUCUCAAAGAACUAUUUCACCGUUGCCCAUCAGUAAUGUUACUAGAUACAAAAGCGACAGUAAUCCAAAUCUGCUUAUGACUACCGUCGCAUCAAUUCCAACUAUCCAUACAAGCAACAGUCUAAUCGGACAUCACGUGCUUACCGUGGAUAUCUUUAAUAAAGACAUAUUGAAGGAUGUAUUUCACUUAGCAGAAACUUUCCGAAAUGCUAUCAGAAAAGAACGACCCUUGGACCACAUUUUGAAGGGGAAAAUUAUGGCUUCCAUCUUUUACGAAGUCAGUACGAGAACAUCGUGCAGUUUUGCUGCCGCAAUGGAACGUCUCGGUGGACGCGUGAUAUACAUGGAUGGUUCUACAUCAUCAGUGAAGAAAGGCGAAACCUUAGAAGAUUCAGUAAUAGUUAUGGCAGGAUACGCUGAUGUAAUUGUACUCAGACACUCAGCCCCGGGUGCAGCAGCUAGAGUAGCGCAGCAUUGUAGGAAACCGAUAUUAAAUGCUGGUGAUGGAACCGGCGAACAUCCGACGCAAGCGUUACUGGACAUUUUCACAAUUAGAGACGAAUUCGGAACUGUAAACGGUCUUACGAUUACUAUGGUCGGGGAUUUAAAGCAUGGUAGAACCGUCCAUUCUCUUGCAAGACUACUGACCCUCUACAACGUAGAACUUCGCUAUGUUAAUCCACCUGGCCUUGAUAUGCCGAACCAUGUCGUUAAUUAUGUUGCUGAACGUGGUAUCCCUCAAGAAAGAUUUUCUGCUCUGGAAGAGGCUUUACCCGAUACCGACGUACUCUAUAUGACGCGAAUACAAAGUGAGCGUUUCGCUACUCAAGAACAGUAUCACAAGAUGUGCGGAUUCUUCAUAGUAACUCCGCAGCUGAUGUCUCGUGCGAAAAGAAAGAUGGCAGUGAUGCACCCUCUACCACGUGUUUUCGAAAUAAGCAAAGAAUUUGACACUGAUCCACGGGCGGCUUACUUUCGGCAGGCAGAAAACGGAGUCUACGUGCGCAUGGCAUUGUUAGCCAUGGUCCUUGGACGCAUUUAAUCUGAUCGUGGCAACCCGUCAUUUGUGAAGCAAAGUGUCUGCUGAAGGAGGUCAACGAUUGCGCCAAGAAAAAGACACAACAUUUCUUCUACGAUGCAAUUUGCA